AUGCCCAGGCCGUAUUCAUUAGAUACUUCUAAAAGUCAGGAUUCUAUGGAUGUUUCUGCCACAUGUGCAAGCAGGCGUAGUUCUCGUAAGAUCAAGAGGCCUAGUUUGUUUAAAAUAACACACGAACGUCGUCCUGAUCCUGAACUUCAGGCCGCAUUGAAGAGAAGCAAAUUGGAAACUUCCAACCAGGCUAUUGACUAUUCUUCCAUUACCCCUGUUCCUAUUGUAUAUGCCACCAAAGAUGAAUUUUCCAAUCCCAUUAAAUUAUGGACCAAAUAUAGUAGUUUAGGUGAACAGUACGGCGCCAUAAAGGUGGUACCACCAGAGGGAUAUUCCUACAAAAUGCCUGUGAAUUUGGAAAAAUUUGAAUUUAAAGUGCGUAAACAAAGGAUUCAAUUACUUUCGAAUGGAAAUGGGUUCUCAUACCCUAGUCAACUUUGGAACUGUGAGAAGAUGAGAAGGUACGAUAAGCAGCUGAAAAUGGAAAUAAUGGGAACUGAGAAGCCUACUUUGGAGUCUGUGGAGUCUGAAUACUGGGAUAUGGUCAGGAAGGGGGACCCGAGGGUUACUUCAUACUAUGGAGCGGAUUUGAACGUGUUUUCCCAAGAUGAAAAUGCCAAAUAUUGCUCAUCGUCAAAAACCGAUGACAAUGAUCCGUGGAAUCUUUAUAAUUUACCAAGGUGUGAGGGGUCGCUGCUGAAGUAUAUCAACUCGAUUGUUCCAGGGGUAAACAGCCCCUGGCUCUAUAUAGGGAUGAUUUUUACCUCCUUUUGCUGGCAUACUGAGGACAACUACUUCGGUUCAGUCAAUUAUCAUCACUGUGGUGCCCCGAAGGUUUGGUACCUAGUUCCGCCGAAAAAGGCAGCCAAAAUGGAGUCGAUUCUGAAGAACUACUCGUCGCUCAAUGGCGAGGAGUUCGCCUUGUACGGACUGAAGGUACAAAUUCCUCCGGACACGCUGCUUUCCAACGACGUUACACUCUACCGAAUGGUUCAGCAGGUAAACGAGUUCGUUCUCGUGUGGCCGCGGACAUUUCACUGUGGAUUUAACGCAGGGUUUAAUUGCAACGAGGCUUGCAACAUCGCACCGGGCAAUUGGAUCAAAAUCGGAUACCAAUCGCUGCUGAACUACAAAUACGCGCGCAAAACAUGUAUUCCGUUCUUCAGGAUUUUAAUGUCCUCUAUACCGAGUUUAAUGGACCUGGAUCCCACACACAUUAAGAGUGUCAUGGAGUGUAUGAGCCGUUUGGUGAUUGAGGAAUACCAGCUGAGACUAAAGAACAACUUUCCGCAAUACCAAAUGUUCCUCGAUAUGGACAUUCUGGACUCUCUGCCUGACAUAACAUCCUUCCUCUCGGGGGUUGACAAAAGAGGUGCCUCUCCUUUCCCUAAUAACGCCAGUGCAGACUUCGACUAUGACCUCUUCGUGAACGCUCUCUACAGGUGUGACACGUCCAACCACUAUAAUUUUUUGGUCGCCUGCAAGGACAUGGCCGAGUUCUGUAUAAAGGAUUGCGAUUUGUGCGACAGUCCAACCUUCGGAAGCGCAGUUUUAUGUAACCAUAUUAACACCGUUGUUUGUAUCAAUUGUUUGCACUACCACGAAUGCCCCUGUAAAACCAGGGUCGUACUGUAUCGCUACCCAUUACACAUGUUCUACACAAUUCUCGCAAUUCUGAAAAAUGUUUACUUUUCCAUGACUGGGGAAGACUGGGAGCCGAAGGCCGAGUUUAUGACUCCCUCUGAGGAGGACGUUCUUAAGGUAGACUCUUUGUCCCACUUCACCUUCCGCGACUUCCACGAGGUCGCCAAGCUCUCAGGGCAUGCUGCGCUCGACUCACCUGACUGUCCUCUUACUCCAGACUACAUAGAGGCCGACUUUGAGGAGUUCUCCGAGGUCUGCAGGAAGCUCAACAGGGCCAGGACGCUCAACAGGCGCAGGACCGGCGGCGCCCUUGACCACGUCGUCAUAGGCCAGCGCGUGAGCGCCAAGAGCUCUGACCAGCUCUCCGGGAAGAAGCUCAUCUAUGCUACCAAGCUCACUCUGAAGUACAUUAUUCUCGCUUUGGAGGAGGACAAGAAUGAGGGUCUAUCGUGA